GUGAUCGUUACAACAGACACAAUGGUAAGUCGGCAUCAACUUCAAAGGCAGCAGCAGAAGCAGCAGCAGCAGCAGCAGCAGCAGGACAGUCAGGAUCAGGAGGACAAUCUGGUGGUGAAUUCGGAAGUGAAUUCAGACGCAGAACAAGAAGUGGAGUCAGACGACCAAGAUCACAUUCCCUAUGGUCAGAAGAUGAAUUCGCAAGUGGACGAGGUAAUUUUUUCAGAGCAGGUACCAGAAGGAUCAGCAACAGGAGCAGCGUCAGCAGCAGCAGCAGCAAUAGAAGAAGAAAAAGCAGUGACGACAGUGAAAAAGACUGGUACGACCCGGGUGAAGCGGAAGCGAUCCGAUUCUUUGACGGCGGCAUCAACAUCGACGGCCAAUCACCAUUCAAAAAAGCAAAAAUCAUCACCGAUGACUACAACGAACAAGAAAUUGACAUUGACACGGAAUUCGACGGUGGACGAGAUUUUGGAGUUUUCGACGAGGGGACCGAGCCGGACGACGGGUAUGCUUACAGCCCUGAAAAUCAUCUUGAUUUUAUGGACGGACGAUUUCAUGAUGACGGCACCACAAACAUUGAAACAACUGGUGAGCAAGUGUAUGAAGGCGAAGAAAUUCGAUUUGAAGAGGAUAAUAUAUACAAUGCAGCAAGCGGUUUUAAAUAUUUGCGAAGACCUGAAAGCUCAACAAGUAAACUUGCAGCAAUUUUCUCAAAGGGAUUUUUGCAGAAGCCUCCAAAAAACCGUAUACUACACGAUGUAUACGGACGAAGACUUGACAGUGGAGCAGGGAGAUUGGAUACUGGCAAAUUACGAGCUGCCUUCACAGGAAGCUACCUUGCCGUAUGUCAACACGACAACCACCUGCAUGUCGUCCACGAUUGUUCCUACAGCAACAGCAGCUGCCGCUGUGCCUUUAGAAAAUAUAUCGAAGCCUGCACAACCAGACGAUACUCUAGGAGGAUUGUUCCCUCCUACAGCUACGAGAUCAAGCACUGGGUUGAUUUGUCAGUCUAUCUGCAAAAAGACCCCAGACAGCUUGUGUAUUUGGAGCACGCCGGGCGAGUCUGGAUACCGGGUAAUCAAGAUGGACAUCUACAACUUCUCAAAGAUAGCGAAUGUGCAGAAGAACAACUGGUGGAAGGAAGCAGACUAUCGGACAACCUUCAUCACGAAUUCGAGUGUGGAUCCGAUCGAUCAGCAGGUAACAAAACUCCUGACAGCAGUGGCACACCAAAUCAAGAAGACUCCCAAUAUCCAAAAGGAGGAAAAGGCGACCAAAUCAUCGAAUUUCUUUUAUCACGGCCAACAUCACCAGUGAGGCACAUCUUCUCGACUAGCCUAUGGCUGAAUAGUAAGUUUAGAUUUUACGACUGCAAUAGUGUUUUAAUAAAAAAUUGUCUUAGAAUUGUAAAUAAUAAAUUCAACGAGAUGAAUAUCUCAGAUUUCAAUCUA